UAUUAAAGACCAAUUAACAUUCUAUUAGCACAAUUCCACAACUACAAUAAACGUUCCUCUUUUUGCUUGCAUUGUCUCAUUUUAAACUCUCCCCAUGUUCAGAACUAAACUUCACAAACUCUGCUACUCAAGUUCCAUUGAAUUUCCCACUGAAACAACUUCCCACUACCUUCACCAUCGACUCAAUACAUUCCUCUCCUAUAAAACCUCAGACCUCAAAAAGCUUCAUCAAUCCCACGCUUUCAUAAUCACAACAGGACACACAAACAACGUUUACAUAGCAGCAAAGCUUAUAUCUUUAUACGCUUCUAACAAACACCACCUCAUUUCUUCGAAAAAAGUGUUUGCUUUAAUCAGUUCUAAAGACCCUUUUCUUUGGAAUUCAAUUAUAAAAGCUUAUUUCUCCAAUGGCUAUUAUUCAGAAGCUCUUGAGUUUUACUCCAAUAUGCGGGGUUUUAAUGCUCUGCCUAACCAGUUUACGAUUCCCAUUGUUGUUUCUGCUUGUGCUGAACUUGGGUUGAUUUAUUAUGGCAAAAAGAUUCAUGGGUUAGUCUCAAAAUUGAAUCUUUUUCACGGUAAUAAUGCUGCUGUUGGAUCAUCUUUGGUUUAUAUGUACUCAAAAUGCGGGUUUAUGGAGUAUGCUGCUGAUGUGUUUGAUGAAAUUACUGUGAGAGAUGUGGUUUCUUGGACUGCAAUUGUAAAAGGGUAUGUGGAGAAUGGGGAGAGUGAGAAGGGCUUGGAGUAUCUUUGUUUGAUGCAUAAGGAGGGGGAAAGUGAGGUACGGCCUAAUUUUCGGACGUUAGAGGGUGGAUUUCAAGCUUGUGGAAACUUAGGUGCAUUUGUAGAAGGGAAAUGCUUGCAUGGGCUGACAGUUAAGUCUGGUUUUGGUAGUCAUCAAGUUGUUCAGUGUUCUCUUCUGUCAAUGUACUCGAAAUGUGGUUCGCUUGAAGAAACAUAUAGUUCGUUUUGUGAGGUUGAUGAGAAGGAUUUGUUUUCCUGGACGUCGAUAAUUGCUGCUUAUGCAAAGUUUGAGUGUAUUUUCGAAUGCAUUGAUAUGUUCUUGAAAAUGCAGGCCAGUGGGAUAACCCCAGAUGGGAUGGUAAUUAGUUGUGUGCUUUCUGGUCUAGGUAAUGCCAUGAGGACUUUUGAAGCUAAGGCUUUCCAUGGAUUCAUCUUGAGAAGAAACUAUGUUGACGAUCAUAUGGUCUGUAAUACAUUAUUGGCCAUGUAUUUUAAGCUUAGACUCAUGAAUUUGGCAGAGAAGAUAUUUGAUGGAGGAACUGGACAAACCACAGAAUCCUGGAAUAUGAUGGUGGUUGGCUAUUUCAAGGCUGGGUUAGAAGGCAAGUGCAUUAAUUUAUUCAGAGAAAUGCAACAUUUGGGAAUUGAAUGUGACGUCAACAGCUUGAUAUCUGUAAUUUCUUCUUGCUCCCGGUUGGAAGAAUUCCAUUUAGGGCUGUCUCUGCAUUGCCAUGUUGUUAAAAGUCUGAUGCUUGAAAAUGUUUCUGUUACCAAUUCUCUAAUAGAUAUGUAUGGAAGAAGCAAGAACCUGAGUUUAUCUUGGAGACUCUUUUGUAUGAUGACUAAUAAGGAUGUUGUCACGUGGAACACAAUGAUGACUUCCUAUAUUAGUUGUGGAAAAUUUACAGAGGCCUAUGGCCUAUUCAAUAAGAUGAUUGCAGAAAGCUACAAGCCUACUAUUGCAACGCUGCUGAUUUUGCUCUCUGCUUGUUCUCAUAUUUCGUCCUUGGAAAAAGGAGAGAAAAUUCAUGAAUACAUCAAGGAAGUUGGGUUUGAAAAGAAUACUUUGCUUGCUACUGCUUUGACUGAUAUGUACGCGAAAUGUGGACAGCUAACAAGAUCCAGAGAAAUAUUUGAUUCAAUGGAUAAGAGAGAUGUCGUCUCUUGGAACGUACUGAUCUCAGGCUAUGCUAUGUAUGGAGAAGCAAAUUCUGCUACAGAAAUUUUCAAACAGAUGGAACAGUCGGAAAAUAAGCCAAAUGAACUGACUUUUCUUGCUGUUCUCUCAGCUUGUGCUCAUGCAGGAUUGGUUGAAGAAGGAAAGUCCAUAUUUAGCAGAAUGAAAGAUUAUUCUUUGAUGCCUACACUGAAGCACUACGCUUGUAUGGCCGAUCUUUUAGGUCGUUCUGGUAAUUUGGAUGAUGCUGAAGCUUUGGUUUUGUCCAUGCCAAUUGCUCCUGAUUCAGCUAUCUGGGGUUCUUUACUUGGUUCUUGUAAAAUUCACUGUCAGGUUGAGAAGGGUAUAAGAAUUGCAAAACAUGCCAUUGACUCUGACCCGGAAAAUGAUGGGUACUAUGUAGCAAUCUCAGACCUAUACAGUUCUGUAGGAAUGUGGGAAGAGGUUGAAAUGGUGAGGAAAAUAAUGAAGGAAAGGAAAGUGAGGAAAGAAGUUGGUUGGAGUACAGUAUAAUUGGGGCAGCUACUUGUUGCGAGUCUUUAGCAACUCAAGUCAUGGUAGUAUCAAUGUGAUGAAACUUUGGCACUAUUAAAGGUCUUAAGAGUCGUACACUUGCAAGAGUUGUCGAUAAAUCACAUUUUCUGCACUCUAUAGUUUGCUUUCAGGUGCUGGAAAACAAUGGCAAAUCGAUGGUCGCAUUGACAUGGUUUUCAGACGAUUUCCAAGUUACGAGCCCUAUAUUUCAGUGGGCUGCACGAGAAGGAUACAUUUAUUGAUUAUGCCUCUGAUGUUGGCUUUGUAUGAUGAACAAAUUGCAGUUUUCUCAUCACUUGAAGUUCGGCCCUUCAGCAAUGUAUCUAUGCACGAGAAUAGAGAAACAUUUAUGUUCUCCAUGAUACAUUGGACAGCAACAAAUAUAAAUAUGGCUGUACAGUUGAGGAAUGUCUAUGGCUAAUAGGCAUGAUGCACAACUGCCGGUCCUGGACACAGGCUCAGGGUUCGGAACUUUUGAGUACAUUGCUGAAAUUUCAGUGCUUGGAUUAUAGAUUAGGAGUAUAUAAGUUUGGCCGUUGAGGUCACUAAAAUGUGAAUCUCUUGAGGGCACAACCUUGAGCUAGCCAAGAAAGGUCUGCAACAUGAGAAAUUAUCUACAUUUAUUUGAUCUCUCUGCAUGACC